GUUCUGUCGGACAGCACGUGCAGCCUCCCUGCCUUCUGCCGGUGAUUCUUCCGGACUCAUUCGGGUGUUUAGAUCUCGUCUCCGCGCGUUUCUUCGCCACGGCUCCGGUUUCAGAUGCUGUGCACGCUGCUGAGCGCACGCGCAUGCGUUGCUUGUGUACUAAUUCUGCAGCCUUAGUUGGACCCGCGAGGAGCCUGGGAGGAAGUCGUCUGCAGGAGCAGAGUUGUGAGGAUGAGGAUUCUGCUGGAGCGAGGAUGCUGCUGCGUCUGCAGCCUGUCGCUGCUGCUCUCUGUGGCUUACGGGGCGCAAAACGCAAACGAACCCAGCAACAUGUCCUACGUGAAGGCCACGGUGGAUAAGUUACUGAAGGGCUAUGACAUCCGGCUGCGGCCUGACUUCGGAGGCGCUCCCGUGGACGUGGGCAUGAGCAUAGACAUCGCUAGUAUUGACAUGGUGUCUGAAGUCAACAUGGACUACACCAUCACCAUGUACUUCCAGCAGUCCUGGAGAGACAAGCGCCUCUCCUACACGGGCAUCCCCCUCAACCUCACCCUGGACAACCGGGUCGCCGACCAGCUCUGGGUCCCAGACACCUACUUCAUCAAUGACAAGAAGUCUUUUGUCCACGGCGUGACAGUGAAGAACCGGAUGAUCCGACUGCAUCCUGAUGGAACGGUGCUUUACGGGCUCAGGAUCACCACCACCGCUGCCUGCAUGAUGGACCUGCGCAGAUACCCGCUGGAUGAGCAGAACUGCACCCUGGAAAUCGAGAGCUACGGAUACACCACCGACGACAUCGAGUUUUACUGGCAGGGAGGAAGUAACUCCGACUCCGUCACCGGGGUGGAGAACAUCGAACUUCCUCAGUUCUCCAUCAUCGACUACCAAACGCUGUCCAAGAAAGCUGUGUUUGCCACCGGGUCGUAUCCGCGUCUGUCACUGAGCUUCAAGCUCAAAAGAAACAUCGGAUAUUUCAUCCUGCAAACCUACAUGCCCUCCAUCCUGAUCACCAUCCUGUCCUGGGUCUCCUUCUGGAUAAACUACGACGCCUCGGCUGCCAGAGUGGCUCUAGGUAUCACCACCGUGCUCACCAUGACCACCAUCAACACACACCUGAGGGAGACGCUACCUAAGAUCCCCUACGUCAAGGCCAUAGACAUCUACCUGAUGGGCUGCUUCGUCUUCGUGUUCCUGGCCCUGCUAGAGUACGCCUUCGUCAACUACAUCUUCUUCGGCCGAGGUCCUCACAUGCAGAAGAAGGCAGCAGAAAAAGCGGCUAAAUCCAACAACGAGAUUAAAAGCAGAUUAGAGAGCAACAAAGUGCAGGUUGAUGCUCAUGGUAACAUCCUCCUGACCAACCUUCCCUCUGAGAUGGGCGGACCAGACAUGAUUGGUGCUCUCAGUGACCCACGGGCCACCAUGUUCUCCUAUGACAGCGCCAGCAUACAGUACCGGAAGCCCCUGACCAGCCGGGACCUGUAUGGGCGACCGGGCUUGGACCGGCCCGUGGCUCACAAGAAGAACCGCCUCCGAAGGAGAGCAUCGCAGCUCAAGGUCAAGAUCCCAGACCUCACAGACGUCAACGCCAUAGACAAGUGGUCUCGGAUAGUGUUCCCCAUCGCCUUCACCUUCUUCAACCUGGUCUAUUGGCUGUACUACAACCACUAGGGCGGCGCUGGCGAGCAGCAGCGGCACUUUUUACCAGACCAGAUCUGUUCUAGAGGAUUCAUCUGUAAAAAUCCUCUUUUGGAACUGGUCCGUUCUGCUCUUUACGGUGUAAAUAAUACAGUUUAAUACAAAUAUAAAUACAUACAGAGAUCUAAUUUAAUAAACACGUCUUGCUUUUGCUGUAAUAAAAACAGGAUUUGGAGAUGAAAAGGGUCGAGUUAAAGACGGUAGAGAUGCUCAAACCUGCCAAAUAAAACUCAUGAAACUUGUUUGCUGGGUUAGAAUAACCGUUUCAAACGAAGCGGAUCAGUUAAACUGCCUCUAUUAUUAAAAAGUCCCGCUAAAACCUCAUUCUUACUCAACUACAGGAGGAAAACUAAACUAUUACUAUUUAACCCUCGGGGAGGAGGGGGGAUGACUCCAUUAAAGAGACACCUGAGGGUCAAAAAUGACUUAUUUGUUCAUUUUAGGAUUAUUUUCUUUGUUUUCCUUUAAACAUAAAAAAACGCCACAUUUAUAUAUUAAUUCUGAUGAUUUUAACAGGUUAGAAGUGGAGCUCCUAAUCCCAGAUCCAAUUGGCUGUUUUAUCCCGAAUCAUUCCCGUCUGACGGCAGGUUUUAAGGCUAUUCUCCUGCAGGACGGAGCUUUCCUUACAGCUGAAUUUUGUUCCUUUUACCAAGAAUCUUAAUCUUUUCACAGGGUCAGCUUAGUGGGCUGUUUCAGACGUCUUGUACUUUUGUAGAACAACCAGAACCAGGAGGCUCUGCGUGCAUCUCCGUCAUCUGAGAGUGGUUUAGAGACAUUCCAGCAUCAUGAUGACAAUCUUUCAGGGCUGAUCCAAAAACACUAAAGAGCAAGCAGCUGGACCAGAGCAGCUAAUGGACUCAGAACAACGGCUCUCCCUGCAGGCUUUACUCCGUCUGCUUUCCCUGCUCUACAUGUGCUCUCAAGCGGAACGGCGGGACUUUCUGCUCCACAUCAGGAGAACAUCCCACUCCGGUCGGUUUUUGUGUCAAAUCCCACAGAAAUGAGACGCGCUGAAAUAAAGCUGCUGAAGUCUGAA